GUUUGGUAUCUCUUUGACUAGCCACGGCGGUAGUCAUAAUUGCGAUAUGCUUCGAAGACUUUUCCCAUCUAACAGACAACAAAAUGUAAUGAACGAAGAAAGAAAAUCAAAAGUUUGCUUCUUUAAAAUUAUUUGAUUUUUCGAAGAGAACAACAGAGUUUUUAACUCUCUUCUUACAAGUGUUUCUCAUUAGGAAGUGGAACCAUCCAUCCAAGUAUUGUUGGGUUUUUUUUAUUCGACUGAGUGAAUCUUUCGUGCUGGACUUAUUCUUCUUCACUUUUUUUUUUUUUUGUUUUGGAUUCUCUUCUCUGCUUCGAGUUUCUUUUUCAUUUUUGGGACCCUUUUGCUCUUCCCAAAUCUCAGUUUUUCAAAUUUGGCAUCUUUAGAUUUGGGUUUUAUCUCUGUUUUUUUUUUUUAAUUUUUUUUUCCGUGAAAAGUAUUGAAUUUUUGGAUUUUUUAUCUUCUGGGCAACUGAAAAGGUUCCUUUUUUUUUGUUUUUACUAUAGAAUUGUGGAUUUCCCGUAGUAGAUCCACUCUAUGAUCUACUAAACUCAAAGUUAUGUUGUAAUUUUAUUGUUCAAACGUUUCUUGUAAAUGCUACAAGUUCUCAGAAUCCAACAUUUUGAAAUUUGCUAGCUCUUUAGAAUAAAUGGCUCUGGCUUUUAUUACUGCCUUGGUGUUGUUUACAUCUUUAUGGUCACCUGUGUCACCAGAUGCUCAAGGGAAUGCGCUGUUUGCUUUAAGGAGCUCGUUACGUGCAUCUCCUGAACAGCUAAGUGAUUGGAACCAGAAUCAAGUCGAUCCUUGUACUUGGUCUCAAGUUAUUUGUGAGGACAAGAAACAUGUCUCUUCUGUUACGCUGUCUUACAUGAACUUCUCGUCCGGAACCUUGUCUUCAGGGAUAGGAAUCUUGACAACUCUCAAGACUCUGACAUUGAAAGGAAAUGGAAUUAUGGGUGGAAUACCAGAAUCCAUUGGAAAUCUAUCUAGCUUGACCAGCUUAGAUUUGGAGGAUAAUCAGUUAACUGGUCGCAUACCAUCCACUCUCGGCAAUCUCAAGAAUCUUCAGUUCUUGACCCUGAGUAGGAAUAAUUUAAACGGGACUAUCCCGAAUUCACUUACGGGACUAUCAAAACUGAUAAAUAUUCUGCUCGACUCAAAUAAUCUCACCGGUGAGAUUCCUCAGAGUUUAUUCAAAACUCCAAAAUACAAUUUCACAGCAAACAACUUGACUUGUGAUGGCACUUACCCUCAACCUUGUGUAACAGUGUCCAACCCUUCAGGUGAUUCAAGCAGUCGAAAAACUGGAAUUAUUGCUGGAGUUGUUAGCGGGAUUGCAGUGAUUCUCCUUGGACUCUUCAUGUUUUUCUUCUGCAAGGAUAAGCAUAAAGUAUAUAAACGUGAUGUGUUUGUGGAUGUUGCAGGUGAAGUGGACAGAAGGAUUGCGUUUGGACAGUUGAGAAGAUUUGCAUGGAGAGAGCUUCAAUUGGCUACAGAUGAGUUCAACGAAAAGAAUGUUCUCGGACAAGGAGGCUUUGGGAAAGUUUACAAAGGAGUGCUUUCCGAUGGCACGAAAGUGGCUGUGAAAAGAUUGACUGAUUUUGAACGUCCAGGAGGAGACGAAGCUUUCCAGAGAGAAGUUGAGAUGAUAAGUGUAGCUGUUCAUAGGAAUCUGCUUCGUCUUAUCGGCUUUUGCACAACACAAACUGAACGCCUUUUAGUGUAUCCUUUCAUGCAGAAUCUAAGUGUUGCAUAUUGCUUAAGAGAGAUCAAACCUGGUGAUCCGAUUCUGGACUGGUUCAGGAGGAAACAGAUUGCGCUAGGCGCAGCACGAGGACUUGAAUACCUUCAUGAACAUUGCAACCCGAAGAUCAUACACCGAGAUGUGAAAGCUGCCAAUGUGUUACUAGAUGAAGACUUUGAAGCAGUGGUUGGUGACUUUGGUUUAGCCAAGUUGGUGGAUGUUAGAAGUACCAAUGUGACCACUCAGGUCCGUGGGACAAUGGGUCACAUUGCACCUGAAUGUAUAUCCACAGGGAAAUCAUCAGAAAAAACUGACGUUUUCGGGUAUGGAAUUAUGCUACUAGAGCUUGUAACUGGACAAAGAGCGAUUGAUUUCUCGCGGCUAGAGGAGGAAGAUGAUGUCUUAUUGCUAGACCAUGUGAAGAAACUGGAAAGAGAGAAGAGAUUAGGAGACAUUGUAGAUAAGAAGCUUGAAGAAGAUUAUAUGACAGAAGAAGUUGAAAUGAUGAUACAAGUUGCAUUGCUAUGCACACAAUCAGCACCGGAGGAACGACCAGCGAUGUCUGAAGUUGUUAGGAUGCUUGAAGGAGAAGGGCUUGCAGAGAGAUGGGAGGAAUGGCAGAAUCUUGAAGUCACUAGGCAAGAAGAGUUUCAAAGGUUGCAGAGGAGAUUUGAUUGGGGUGAAGAUUCCAUUAAUAAUCAAGAUGCCAUCGAAUUAUCUGGUGGAAGAUAGGAAACAAAAUUACUUAAGAGAUUCAAAAGAUAGAAUCAUGAGAAUGUGAUCGAUCACAUCUGUAAAGUGAAGAAGAAUCAAAUGGUUCUUCAUAAAUGGCCUAGGUAAGAAUGAAACAGUUCUUCAUAAUGCUGACCAACGGAUAUAUACUUCUCAUGUGUGUACUACUCAUUCCUACUAAUUCACAUAACUGAAAAAAAAACACUAUUUACAAACUCCAA